UGGAGGCGGAUGGGUGGAGCUUUCAUGUUUUAUUUUUUUGUUCUUUCUACAUGAUUUGGCUUUUAAAAUGUGUACAAACAAGAACUCACUUUGAGUUUAGCGGAAAGAUCCAGCUGGUUCUGUUUGAAUCUGCUCCGAGGUGCUAUGGGGAGCUCUGUGGAGCAGAUCGUCCUCUUUGGGCUUCUGCUGGCUUUCGCUGCUGCACAACCAACGAAGGAUGACUGGGACAUUUACAGCUUUCACAUCAACUCCACUGUCAGCGGCCGAUAUGCCACCACCGUCAUCACCAGCCGUGUGGCCAACCGUAUGAAUCAGUCAAAAGAAAUUGUGUUCCAUGUUCAGAUUCCCAAGAAUGCCUUCAUCAGUAAAUUCAGAAUGAUGAUGGACAAGGAAGUGUUUGAUGGAGUUGUGAAAACUAAGGAACGAGCUCAGCAGCAGUACAGUCAGGCUGUGCUUCUUGGACAAAGUGCCGGGAUUGUCAGUUCUGUAGGGAGAACCAUGGAGGAAUUUAAGACAUCUGUGGCUGUAGCGGCCCACAAAAAGGUCACCUUUGAACUCACCUACGAGGAGCUGCUGAAGCGAACCCACGGCAAAUACGAGCUGCAGAUCCACGCUCGCCCCAUGCAGCCAGUCAGAGACUUUAAGGUGGAUGUGCACAUUCAUGAGAAAGCUGGGAUCAGUUUCAUUAAUGUGAAAGGAGGACUGAGCACCCUGGCUAAUGCUAUCACCAAAACACACGCAGACAAACAGGCGUGGGUGCACUUCUAUCCAACUGUGGACCAACAGAAAACUUGUGAAAGGUGUGGAGAGCGGGGUCUGAAUGGAGAUCUGGUCAUUGUUUAUGACGUCAACCAAGACAACGGACUGGGAGACGUCAAGAUUUUAGACGGAUACUUUGUCCAUCACUUUGCUCCAUCUAAUCUUCCCCGAAUACCAAAAAAUGUCGUUUUUGUUAUCGACAAAAGUGGCUCAAUGAGCGGCAGAAAAAUGGAACAGACUCGAACGGCUUUAAUCCAUAUUUUAAAUGACCUGACAGAAGACGACUUCUUUGGUAUCAUCAGUUUUAAUCACGCCAUAUUUCACUGGAAAACAGAACUUGUUCCAGCCAUUGCUUCAAAUGUGGAGAGGGCUAAAGAGUUUGCGCAGAGUAUUCGUGACGGUGGAGCUACAAACAUCAAUGACGCGCUGUUGGAAGGAGCUCGCAUGCUGAAUGCACAAAGCAGGAUAGGCUCGGCUUCCAUCCUGAUAUUUCUCACUGACGGAGACCCAACAGCAGGAGAAACUAAUUUAGAAAGAAUACAGUCAAACGUCAGAGAAGCUGUUGCAGAAAAAUUUCCACUCUACUGUCUUGGUUUUGGCUCUGAUGUCAAUUUUGAGUUUUUGGAGAAAAUGUCACUGCAGAAUAAUGGCGUGGCAAGACGGAUUUAUGUAGACUCUGAUGCCGAUUUACAGCUCAAGGGUUUCUAUGAAGAAGUGGCCACUCCUUUGUUAACAGAUAUUACAAUGAUCUAUGUGGGUGGAUCCAAUCUAACCAAAACAAAUUUCAGUCAGUAUUAUAACGGUUCUGAAAUCGUUGUGGCUGGUGAGAUCACAGACAACAAUGUAGAAACCUUCACUCCCCAAGUCGUGGCUUACUCAAGCAACAGAAGAGUGACAUUUUCUAACACAAGUGGUUCUACGGACCAGCCCAGUGAAACGGUGGCUGAAAACCUUCUGCAGAGGGUUUGGGCCUACCUCACAGUUAAACAGCUUCUAGACAGAGAGCUGCUGUUAUCUGGACCUGAGAAAGAGAAAGUGAGCAAAGAGGCGCUGGAGCUGUCCCUGAAGUACAGCUUUGUGACUCCACUGACAUCCAUGGUGGUCACCAAGCCUCAGGGGGAGGAAUCCGUCCUCCACAAACCCAAAGAAGGAGCUGCUACAUUUCCUUCCAGUUUUGCUGAUCCUGGAAGAGCUCAGACCCUUUCCACAGGAGGAAGAGCUUGGGUCCCUUUAAUGACCCCUUCUGCAGGAAGAGUUUCCAAGCUUUCCAGAGGUGCUGCUGCUCCUAACAUUCAUUCCCUUCCUUCUUCUGGCUCUGGCUUUGGAGUUGGUCUUCCUGGUCCUCCACCUCCUCCAGGUUUUGGUCUUUCUAGUCUUCCACCUCCUCCAGGUUUUGGUCUUCCUGGUCCUCCACCUCCUCCAGGUUUUGGUCUUCCUGGUCCUCCAGAUUUUGGUCUUCCUGGUCCUCCAGGUCCUCCUGGUUUUGGUCCUCCUGAUUCUCCUGGUUCUCCUGGUUUCGCUCCUCCUGGUCCUCCAGGUCAUCCUGGUUUCGCUCCACCAGGUUCUCCUGGUUCUCCUGGUUUUGAUCCUCCUGCACUUAUCAGUCACCGGUUUCUGUUUAAGACUGAGAAUCAGUCUGCUCCCGUUUGCUUUGACGUGCCUGGAUUUCAUGUUCUUAAACUUUUUCAUCAUCCCAGCAAGAGCAUAUACAUAAAUGGCGCGCUUAAUCCAGUGACAAAUGGGGGCUUCAGAAAAAUUCUCAUCCAAGUUCAAAGUGGCCAUUAUAUUGACAUCAACCCCGAGGGAAUCUGGGCCCUGCAGGGAGGGUCUAUUAUCCAGAUCACUGGACAGAAUCCCAUCCAAGCUGGAAGUGUUACAGUGACCCCUCGAGGUCAAGAAACAGAUGUUUUGGCAGAAGACUUGCACAUCGUCGUCUUAGUUCAUCAGAGGGACGGCAACAAAUUCCUUUGGCCUGUUUUAAAAAAGAGACCAUCUGGCAGCGACACUGAUGGGAUUCUAGUUUCAACACCUGCUAAUUAUACGGUGGAAUCACACCCAUCCCAAACAUUACUGAAGAUCCCAGGCAGAUUUGAUAGUCCAGUGUUCAGUUCAUUCGCAACUGACUACAGUGUGGCGUCUCCUGUGACUGUGCAGUGCUGGUUCACCAUGAAUCUCCUUAUCCUAGGAAAACCUCUGCCUUUUUAUGUUGUAUAACUCUUCAAUGGCUGAAUUCAAUUCAAAUCAGCUUAUUUCAUGAAAUAAUGUAGAAAAUUAUUUUAGAAAUAACCAAGGUAUGAAGUAAAAAGUGCCAAAAACAUUACAAUCUGCUUUUUUAUUGGCCAGGCAGCGCAGUGAAGAAUAGUGAACACAUUUGUCUUUUUAUCUACCCCAUAAAAGACAAAAAGAAAUGUA